GAAGCUUUCCUGGAGGCCCAAUUGAGUCUGUGUGUACUUUGAUCGUGUGCAUAGCCUUUGCUAAGAAGCUGUACUGCUUGUGUUGAUUGAACUGGCUGCCCCUUUGUUCGCGUUGGCUUGUGUGUCCCAGCUUUCCGCUGCUUGUUUACUGAACCGAUGUUGUUGAUGACGGAUACGACGCGUGACGCUGAUGAAGUACAACGGGAUCCGCCGCUGGAUACGGUGAAGACGGUUGACGAUGUGAACCUGAGCUCCUCUGCGUCUGGUGCUGAUGCUGCCGAUGGAACUGAUGCUGUACUAGAGGGUGCUGAUAAAAUGGGUGCUGUCACGAGUUCAACAACUACUGUUAAUUCGAGUGGCAGUUCAGUGAUGACGAUAUCUUCGUGUUCACAACAACAGGUACAGCAUGCUGAUGAACUGAAUCAAAGCACUGUAACUGAGUUGCUCCAAAGAGCAAAUGACAUUGCAGAGAGAGAUUCAUUGGACCCAGACAUCAAGGAGAUUGUGCAUAAACUUGCCAAUGCACUGGGGAAAUCCCGUGCUGAAUCGAACCAGUACAAAUUACAUGCACAACUGUUGAGUUUGACCUCCAAGGACCAGGACAUGAGGUACGAAGUGGAACAAGAGCUGGUGAAGAGAGAAGUUGAUAGGUUGAAGACUCAGGGAGAUCAGGUUGGCUAUCUCAUGUCGAAGGUGACGAGGCAGAAGCAACUCAUCAUAAAAUACAAGGGCAAGAUUGUUGAAAAGAAUAAAGAGAUCAUAAGGCUGAGAAGCAUACUAAGGGAUAAGUCACAACUUGUAAACGGAUCACCAGACAAUAGCAACAUGUUAGACACGCUUGGGUUACUGGCAUCACAAGUGUUGACGCAUGAAGAAGCAUCAACCCAAGGCAAGUCUUCAGCUCACAAUGGCAAUGCUCGAAAUCGUUGAUCGUUUUAAUGUGACAUUUCCGAUCUUGGUCAUUAUUGUUAUUAUUAUUAUGAUUAUUAUUAUAUAGACAGCAUUGUUAUUCACUGUGACUUAACGUCAUUCUUUCAAUUCUUACACUUUCCCAAGUCAG